AUGGCUGACUCGGUCGAAAACACGAAUGCUUCGUCCGCUAAUUUGCCGUCAACUGACGAACAGGAUGACACUCUCUUUAAUGAAUUUUAUUCAGAGGUAAAAGAAAUUGAGAAACGCGAUUCAGUUCUGACCUCAAAACAACAAAUUGAUCGUUUAACAAGACCAGGAGCAACAUAUUUUAAUCUCAAUCCUUUUGAGGUAUUACAAGUUGAUCCAGAAACUCCAUUAAACGAAAUUAAACAGAAAUAUAGAAGGAUGUCGAUUUUGGUGCAUCCUGACAAAAAUUUGGAAGAUUUGGAAAGAGCUCAAAAAUCAUUUGAAGCUGUUAAUAAAGCCUACAAAACUCUCGAGAAUGAGGAAGGAUUCAAAAGAUGCAAAGAGAUUGUUGAUGAGGCCAAGAACAGAGUUGAUGAAGAGGUUAAAAAUCGCAAGAAGCAAUUGAAAAAAGAUGGAAAACCUGUGGAUGUCCCAGAGGAUGAUCCUGAAAAAUACAAGCACUCAGUAUAUGUACAGACAUGUAAAUUGUUUGCUGACUUGGAACGUUUGCGCCAGGAAAGAGAAAUGAAAGAUGCUCAUGAAAAAAAAAGAAAAGCGCAGGAAGAGCAUGAAGAAGCAGAACAAAAGAAGCUGAAAGCUGAGUGGAACAAAAAUUACGAGGAAAGUAGAACACAACGAAUCGAUAGUUGGAGAGGUUGGAAGCAAUCAGGCAAAAAGCCGAAGGGAGUCUUCAAGCCACCAAAGCCAAAAAUGGAACACAGAUAA